GAGGAUGGCGGCCUCGACCCGACGCUGGUUGAGGACCGGAGGUCCGACCAGCUGCUCUCGGAGUUCCUGGGGCUCAGGGGCAGCGAGCUGUGCCCGGUGUUCGGGUUCGCGCGGAACACGUACUACAUGCUCGCCCUGCAGGUGGUGGUGGGCUACCUCGUCCUGAAGCUGUGCGUGCUUCUUUACGCGUACCUGGAGCCCGACGGCGGAGACGCUGACGCCAGGCGAGCCGCGCAGGCCGACGAGCAGCCUGCCGGCGCGUCGCCCCGGCAGCGGGGCUCCUCCCCGCGGCGGCUGCUGCGGGCGGCGGCGCCCGAGGAGCCGCCGCCCCGCGCCCGCGUCCCGGCGAGCCGGCCGGCGCCGGGCCGCGCGGAGGCGGAGGACGACGACCCCCGGCGCGUGUUCGACACCGCGCGGGCCUGGGCGAGCUCCCCGCACGCGACCCUGCCGGGCGGCAAGGCCCUCUCCAGCGCCGAGAAGCUGUACCUGUACGGCUGCUUCAAGCAGGCCACGGACGGGGACUGCGUCGGCUCCUACCCCUGGACCGAGGAGGCCAGGGCCCAGUCCGAGUGGCAGGCCUGGCACUCCCAGAAGGGCACGUCCCGGGCGGAGGCCAUGCGCAGGUACGGCGCCAAGCUGGACGAGAUCGCGCCGCACUGGCGGGAGCAGGCCGGCCUCACCUUCCGCGACCGCCUGGCGCGGGGCCCGCCGCCGGAGCCGCACGCUGCGGCCGCGCCGCUGGAGAGCCACCAGGGGGACAGAUGGCCGCCGCUCGGCGAGGACGAGCCCGACGAGGACCAGAAGAUCCAGGCUCUCAGUGACGAGUUCCACGAGAGGCUGGCCAAGAUUCUCGAGGACAGGCGACAGAAAGAGCUCCUAGAACUGCAGAAGGAGAUGAGGAAGGCGUCCAUGGACUCGAUGGUCCCAGCGGCCGACAGCUCGCAGGACGAGCCCGUGCAGCUGGAGGCGGGCUGCUCGCUGCCGUGCCAAGAGGAGGAGCCCUCUCGCCCCUCCAUGGCGCCCGUGGUGUACUGGGUGUGGCAGGCGGUCAUGGCGAUCAUACUGCUGAGCCUCAUGGCCGCGAACAUGAUCGGCAGCGAGGGGAGGUCGCUGGACAAGAUGAGAGGGGCAAGCACGUGGUCCCACUACAACCUGUUUAUCUUCGCCUUCAUCAACAG